AUGCUCACCUUGAGCGGAGGUGAAGUGCUGAUGCUCACCCUGUUGCUCACCUGCCUGAUCACAAGCCAGGUCUCUUCUCAAAAUCCUCGGCACGAGAAAUUCUGGAGAGAGCACCAAGACUUCCCCCGGACCAAAGUAGCAGGGCAGGACUACUGUGGGACCAUGAUGCUACGCAGGAGGAUGGCGAGGCCUUGCAAAGACACCAACAGCUUUGUUCAUGCACCUAAGAACCAACUGAAGGAUAUCUGUGGCUGGGCUGGAACCCACUACCGCCGGGCUUUGAGACUCAGCAAGGAGCAACUGUCUGUCACCACCUGCAAGCUGCAGGGGACUUCACGGGGCCAAUGCCGCUAUUGGUCGCACACAGGCCAAAGACAGAUUCAUAUUGGUUGUGACCCAUCAGGAUGGCCUAUCCGAUUUGAAGAGAGCAAUUUCAUGUAG